GUGGAACUGCUGGCAUUCCAGUUGGCACGGUCGGUCCUUGUACGCCCACUAAUGCGCUACACGAAUGGACUGGCCAGGUUUCUGUUCGAAAAAAGCGUAAACCUUACUCGAAAUUCCAGACCCUUGAACUAGAGAAGGAGUUCCUCUACAAUGCGUACGUCUCUAAACAGAAACGUUGGGAGUUGGCAAGAAAUUUAAAUCUUACCGAACGACAGGUAAAGAUUUGGUUCCAGAACCGACGAAUGAAAAACAAAAAAAAUUCGCAACGCCAAGCCGCCCAGCAGAAUAACAACAGUAGUGCAAACAGCAACCAUAACCAUGCGCAGGCUGCGCAACAACACCAUAAUACUCAUCAUAUGAACUUGGGCCUAAGCAUGGGACAUCAUACUACCAAAAUGCACCAGUGACCUUUGGACAACAGCAGUGCCAGCGCAAUGGGUUUCACCACCUACUAGCAUUUGGCGAAUAUCAAGACUGAAAUGCAGUCGGAAUUCCAGUAAACUUGCAAAUCUAGUCAAUUCAGCAUAAAUCUACUAAUGAAUAACUGGACACAACUAAAUUUAGCAACUAUCACCUAAACAGAUACCUAAACACAUACUUAUAUAUGUACAUCGUUCAUUUAAAUUAUUAUUGACAAAUGU